AUGGGAAGCUACAAAGAGUCCAGCCGCACUUUUGCAACGGGGAGUCGGGAUACGCCCGACAUUUGUGAUCAGUUUCUACAAAAGUUAGGUUACUAUCGCAAGCACACUCCCCAGGAUAGUGCAAAUUUGUUCCGCGUUGUUUCCGAGCAGCACUACGGAAUCCAGCUGUAUCACCAACGGGUGCGGACUGAUUGCAUUGAAUAUAUGCGUGAAAAUCCUACGCUUUUUCCGGAGAUCUCAGGACGCGGGUUUGAUCAUUAUUUAAAUACUUUGGCAUCUCCGCUUACGGUAGGAACAAAGCUGGAGCUACGGGCGUUAGCUCUGUUGCACAGAGCGAAUGUACAAACAUUUGAACCGUUCGCCGGAGGAACUUGGUUUGUAAAUAAUCAAGACAACGACGAAGUUUGGAAUGUUUUUAUUGGGCGUGAUAAAUCAUUCGAUACCGUGUACACUCUUAAAUACAUGGAAAAUCUUGCUUAUUGUCAAGCGUUGGUGUACGAAUUGCUGUACGUGCAUGUGCUUAAACUACCGGACGUAGCAUACGCCGUUGAGCGAAUGCUGUACGAUCCACAUGAUCGUACCACGAAGUACUCGAAGAAUGAGAAUGACGAAGAUGUUGCUGUCACUGCUGAUGGUCGAUCUUUCGUGCUCAGUACCAAACAUGAUGCAUCGGAAUGCGUACUGCACAACUUCCGCUUUUGUAAUUUUCAUAAUACCGAAAACUUCGGAAGCAUUGCAAUGUUUUUUAGAUCUCAUUGGAGGAAUGAUGCUAACAGCAACCGAGGCCGUGGUUGUGUGUCUCGCAUCAAACAUACCGUUCGAAAACCAGAUCCACUCCUUUACGAUCGUAAUAUCUCCUGUGUGCGACAGCUGCUAUCAGCAGGUAUUACACCGUUCCCCUACAAAACGGCCAAAUCACUUGACCCGCAUAUGUACCGUAACGGAGAAUACGAUACUUGGAUAGAGGAAGCUAAAUUGAGUGGUUCGACCAUUAAUAAGGCAUCACUCUUCAAGAUUGGCACUAAGUGUUUCGCGAAAAUUCGCGGUGGGUACAAAUUUUGUCGCAUCGAGCGCAUUAUAGCCGAAAAACAACUGCUGAUGGUACGCCUCAAUGCACACUCCGUAGAGUGCGUUUCUUACAAUGAUGUAAAAAAUGUCAGCGUUAUGAGAUCUGCCGAUUAUGCUCAGCGAAAGUGGGCAUUAUGGAACAGCCAGAUGCUCUCCGACAGCGUCAAUCUUGCAACAAAUGCAGCAGAAUCCACACCGGUUGAUAAUAACUUUUCAACCGACAAGGAGAAAACCAUCGACAACUUUGAGGCUCUCGACAUUCUACAACAACAACAGAUAUUACCGGAGGGAGGGCUUUUUGCGCCCUAUUAUCCGUUCCAGUAUCAUCUGAUCCCUCCACCGCAAUACGAUCUGUUGGCUUCUAUGCAUGGUCCACCUGCCUUCAACAUGGGCAUGUUGCCCGAGUCAACAUUGCCGCCGCCGCCCGAAUCUUUCGUGGGGAAUCCGAAUCUUAUUCCCAACUAUUGUUAUGCAGGUUUAUCACCAUUUGCUACACUAUCAGCGACGCUAUUGGUUCGAAUGCAACUGAUCAAGACAACGCUCAUCAUGCGCAAAAUCAUGCGAAUAUCAAUCAUAUUAAUUGAUCUAAUCGUAGAUGCCUAA